GUCAAAGGGAAAUGGCGGCCGCAUCGCGGCAGAAAAUACGAAGACAAUUUCAAUUCCUUGCAAAGAAUAGGUUUGGUAUUUUAAGGUGUCUUAAUAACAGUAGCAGCUUACCAAGUACUUCAAAAGGGAAGACAGCACCAAACGCCGCUUUCUUGCUUGGAUUUGGUCUCGCUGGGUUAAUUGGAUUUUCGGGUCUUUACCAAAAGAAAAAGCUGAACCUUUUAAAGAAAGCAAACGCCACAAGUGUCGAAAAAAAGUUGGAGGCGCUGAAAAAUCAACAUGCAGUUCCAGUAUCCUUUCACUGAAAUUCUGUGAGUCCGUGGGAAAUAUCAGGCGCGGAUCUAGGAUAAAUGCUGACCUAUUUCCUAAACGAGCGCCGAAGGCUCAAGCUAGUGGGGUCGGGGGCCUUCUCCCCUGGAAAUUUUUCGGAUUUUAACUCCUUAAAGUUCCUUUUUUUGGGUUAGUCGUUCAGAAAGGAUAUUGGCCAGUUCCAUUCUCCUCGGAUGAAGCCUUGCGAAUCGGCGGAUUAUUUAUCAAGGUCAAUUUCCAUGUUGUAGUGGAUAUGAGCAAGGCGAGUCUUGUCAAUCUCGUCUGUGACAUGGUGCUCCGUAUUCAGCCGCCCAAAAGCUGACGCAUUUCUCUCACUCUCGCAUGUCAAGACUCUGUAACCUACACUAGACAGGGACCAGUGAUUUUCCAGCUGAAAAUGUCAUGGUGUGUCCAAUGCAGGGCAAUUAAAAAAAAAUUGUCGAGACCAUUUUCCAGAUUUCAACUUGGAAAUUUUUUUUUAUUAAAAAUAUAUUUAUUUUGAAAAAUCUGACCCAUUUCCAUAAAACGGUGGAAACUGGUGUGGAUCCGUGCCUGAAUAUGGACAAUGCAUUUAUUGUCAUAUAUCCUAGUGCAUUCCUCAUAAAUUUUAGCUUGCUUUUUAGACGCCCCUAAACCAAUUUAAUAAUAUAUUUUUUUGCAAGAUUUUCUUUUACCACAAACACAGAAGGAACAAAAUCCAAGCAUUUCUCAUGGUUAUCCUUGGACCCUACAAUCUGCAAUAGAUGAAUCACGAUCCAUCAUUCAGUGUAUGAAGGAAGAGCGUGGCAUUCCUGGGGUAUCUAUUGCUGUGAGUGUAGAUGGAAAAACUGUGUGGAGUGAAGGAUUUGGCUUUGCAGAUGUUGAAAACAGAGUUUUAUGUACCAGCAAAACUGUUAUGAGAAUAGCAAGCAUUAGUAAACCACUAACUACAACAGCUGCAGGUUUGUGACUGUCCCAAGGGGAGGGGAUACUCAUGCGAAUUCUUGGCAGGGGUGUACUAUCCGGUUAUCCCAAUCUGGACUAUAUUUUGACCAAAAAAUGUCAUUUUCAACGGCAGUUUUCAAACCUGGCUUCUAAAAUCCACACCUAUUUUCAGACAUAGAAGAGGUCGCAAAAUGCAACAUACAUGUUUACAUUAUAGGUGAAAAUGUUAUCGUGACUUAGAUUAGAACCCCAUCAUUAAGAUUUCUUUUCAAUCAAUUUUGAAUUCACAUUUUACUCUUUCUUUCUUAUUCAUUUGCAAAUGAAAUGACAAAUAAAAUUAUGUUCAUACACUCCUGUAGUUCCCUCGAAAACCAUACCUGAUUCCAUAUGUUUUGUAGUCUGACUGCAGUUGUUAUUAGGGUUGUCAUGCAAUGCUCCUCUCCCAGAAGAGCAUUGCAUGAUGACCCCAAUAACGGCUGCGAAGGAGACUAUAUGUUUUAAUUCCAAUGUGCAAUCUUUUCUUUGGUUUACUGGCCUUACUGUCAGCCAUUGUUAAGUGAAAGGUGAUAUGAUUUACUGCUCGUAAUAACAGCACUAUUUAAUAUAAGAAAUGUGAGCAUAACCAUAUAUUUUUUUAAUUUCUUAAAUUUAUUAGCUAAACUGUGGGAAGAAGGAAAGCUGGACCUUGAUGCUGCAAUUCAAACUUAUGUAACUUCAUUUCCAACAAAGACAUUUAAUGGGUCCACAGCAACCCUCACAACAAGACAUCUUCUUUCACAUCUUGGUGGAAUAAGACAUUAUGAUAAAACACAGUGUAACAAGGAAAACAAAACAAACACAGAUAAUUUGGUACGUUUUCUAGGCAGGAAGGGACACAUUGUUAUCAUUAUCAUAGUGGUUCCUAAAAUGCUAAUAAUGCUUUUACUAAACAGUGGCACAUCAGUCAAAAAUACAAUGCACAUUACACAACAAUUUGGUCAUAAUUUGUUAUAUCAUAAUUAAGUGAUCUCAUAAGCGUCAAAUAUCUCCUUCGCAAUCCUCUCACUUCUUAUCCAGUACCGUAGGUGUCAUUACAAUCACUCUAGCUUUCUGAACAGUGUUAUAUCAUAUUUCGCCAGCUUUUUUGUUGUUGUUUUAACCUUUCUGGAAAAUCACUGUAAAUUUUGGUUAAGUGUUUUAUUGGACUGUUAUUUGAUCAAUCAGAGCAUCAUUAUUUAAUAUUGUAACUGGGACUAUCAAUGUCUUCUUGUGUAGCAUUAUUUCAUUGUUAUUAUUUCAAUUUCAAAAUUAUCUUUAAAGUCAUUGUUCCUGAUUCAACAGAGUGUGAAAAUUUCAUCCAAAGAAGAAGUUUCAGUUUCUAAGGACAAAGAACAGGAAGGUGUGUUUGUUGAACCACUGUAUUUAAUGUCAGCUGGUUAACUAACCAAGGUUGCUGGAUAUUGGCCAAGUUCUUUUUUGUGUAUUUACGAAGCGAGAUGAAGUCAAGGUCAAUAAAAACGUAAAAAAAGAAGGAGGCCAAUAUCCAGCGAUCUUGACCUCACGCUUGGUGGUCAAUAAAGGAUUUGUUGUAUGGCUGGAAAAAGAACUUAUUCUUGCGGGACCAAAGUGGAAAAUCCCAAGUGGGCAAGGUGGGUCCAUCUUGCCUGCUGGAGUAACCAAUCAGAACACAGGAUUCCCUUUAUCUUGCCUGCUCUUUGAUUUGGCCAUAAAAUAAAAUUUUUUAAUAUUUGUGACAGUAAUAGUCUUACAUGUAAUCCUUUGGGGAAAGCAGUCAAACGCCAUGGUCAGUUAAGAAAAUUUUAUACAGAGUGAUCAAGCUCCUGUUGUUGAGUGUUCUAUUGAUGAUGAUAGUGACUGUUAUUUCUUGUCAAGAUAAAGUUAACUUUUGCUUACGUUCUUUCACGUAAUUGCAAGGCAUUGUUUUUAAUGUUGCACUUCAUAAGAUUAUUUCAGUUUAACUUUCAAGUCAUAAGUUUCUUUAAAAUAAAUUACAAGGCCUUGCAAAAGAAGUGAUGAUCACCUUUAGCCCUGCAGCUAAAACAUUUUUGUAUUGUUAAUAUUGUUUUGUUAUUUUGCAAGUGAUUACUAGCAGAAGUAGAAGACAAGAGUUUUCUUUUGAGGAAUACUACAUUAAGGUUGGUAAGUUGUUUUCUCAGAGUGAGAUCAAUGAAGGAUGCAGAAAAUGCAGUGGGAUCACCUGGAAAGGUGUUCAUGUUGGAGGGAUACUUACAGUGAAACUGAACUUGGAAAUUAAAAGAGAUUAAGAUACCAUGUGUUUUGAUACAAUCAGUUCUCUCUAAACUGGUCACAGUUAUUUUACUGACAGUGAAGAAUGGCAGAGGCUUACACAAAGUGUUUGUCUUAAAAAGAGAAUUGACUGUAUUACAGAAACUAUGGUCAGUUCGGUGCUAUGUUGUGGUCUCAGCCUCCUUCUCAGGUCGACUUUUAGAUGGUGUGUGCAUCUUUUAGAAUAACACCAAGAAAUUGCAAAGACAAAUGAUGCAUUUGCAGUAACCCUUGUUGGUGAUUGCUAACAGGAUCAAGAAAUAAACAUUACUGCCAUUUUAGGGCCUCAAAUUGCCAAUUGCGAACUUAAGGUUCAAAGGCAUUGAUGGUGGCUUUGGGGGUAACUGCAAUCUGGCCCCCCAUGUCCAAAUCUUGGGUGGCGCUAUCCACUGAAUAAAUUACUAUCCAGCAGAUAAUUAUUAGGGAAACCGAUAGUGUUAUCCACCUUUUGAACAACUGGGGCCUUGUCAUGCAUUGAGUGGGUCACAGCAAGUCAUCUGUGAAAUUACAUUAAAGAGAUUAAAACUUAGGAAACAAACUGGCUGUAAUCUCAAGGAUCCCCUUACUAACAAAAAAAUUUCUUCCUCUGUACACACUGUAGGACCAUUAUAAGACAGUAUCAGAGGCUUUGUCACUGUUUAAAGAUGACCCAUUGUUGUCUGUUCCUGGUACAACCUAUUUAUACACCACCCAUGGAUGGACUUUGCUGAGUGCUGUCAUAGAGAAAGCAGCUGAUCAGGAUUUCCUUUCUUUCAUGAAAAAACUGUUUAAAGAUCUUGGGAUGGAAAACACUCGUGCUGAAUUCAAUAAUGUCAUUAUUUACAACAGGGCAAGGUUAUUGUUUCAUUUUAUAAAGACAAGUAGAGGUAUUUCCUCUUUGAAUGGCAGUUUUUUAUCAGCCUGUUUUAGUUUCCAUUAUAGUAUAAUUUGUUUUCAUAAAUUAACCUACAAAAUUGACAUCAAGUUUGGCAUUUUGGGGGAUAUUUUCAUUAAGAUGACGAAUACUGAUGGCAAUAUUUUACUACUUAUUAACAAAAUAGUCACAAAAAAAUCAAGGCAACCUUUCCAUAUAACCUGUAGAUUUGAGUUUGUUCUUUGAAAACUUUUUUUUAUGACCAUCGUAAAGACUUCAGUUGCAAACUAUGAGUGGUUUAAACAUAGUAACCUACUUUAGGUCCUUUUGGUUUCAGACCCUUGUUCAUAUAUUUAUUAUUACUGUACCACAGAUUUUAUCGGCGAAACGAGAAUGGUCAUCUUGUAAAUGCUCCUUAUGUGGACAAUUCUUACAAGUGGGCUGGAGGGGGUUUCAUGUCUACAGCAGAAGAUCUAGUUCAGUUUGGAAAUUCUAUGCUGUAUGCCAAGCAAAUGGAUCAUAACAGGAACACAGCAGGUUUGGCAAUAUUUCUUAUUGAAAGAGAAGCUAUCAUAACAAAUCACAUUGCUUGCUCAGUUGUUUGGCCCUUUGACUCACAGUGUAAUAGGUGUGUGUGUGUACUAGGUUUAUUCUGGGUUGUGUUUUUAAGUGAUUUUUAAUCCCACUGAGAUGAUGCUCAUGUGUAAAAGAAGAGAUAAUGAACAUAUUGGGUGCUUUCAAAAUAACAGGAAGUUAAUGACUUAGAUGUUUUGUGUUCCUUUUAUCUUUCUGUAAUGGGCAUGUGAUCAUAUAAUUAUGCAUGAAUAAAUACGCAUAUAGUGGGUAUUACAUGGCCGCAGAGAGAUAUGAAAUUUCUUCAAGUGUUGACGUGUAUCUCCAAGCAACCAUGUAAUGUUCUGUUUAUCAUAAUAUAUAUAAUUUUUUGCAAACGUUCACCUGGUAUUUCAUUGGUGUUUAUAUAAAAAAUUAAUAUUAUCAUUAUUAUUAGUAUUAUCAAUAAGCUGAGAUAAUUAGUUAGACAUGCUAAUUGAUGUAAAUGUCUAAAUGUGUACCAUCUUUUUUACACUAGGUUGUCUUCCUGGAUUUCUUAAGCCUGAAACUGUAACAGAGCUGUGGAAAGUUGCAGCUAACACUGAAGGUCAAGGCCACAAGGAUGGUGGCUAUGGAUUGGGCUGGGUGGUCAUUCCAGAAAAACAGGAUUUUGGAGCCUGUCAUCAUCAGUCAGAGACAAUUCUUCAUGGAGGUACAAAAAUAAUGGGAGGGCUAUGUGACAAACUUACACAAAAAUUUGUCAAAACACAACAAUGAAAAAAAAAAGGAGAAGUACAGGUUAUGUAGAUUCCAGAACAUAAACUCAGCACAAGACCCAAGUUGAAGAGCUCCAUAGAUUUUUGUUUUCUGUUUCCUGUUUUUUUUUUUUUGUUUUGGGCGGGGGGGUUCAAAGUAAAGGUCAAAAAAGGAAUAGUGCCUGCUAAAAAGUGACCUCUGAUCAACUUCUCAUGUUUGCUUGAAAACACGAGAUAGAGAUUACAUACAUGUAGUGCCUUCGCCCAUGCACUUCUUGAAGAAACCCGCAAAGCUAUGAAUAUCUGUCAGCUGUGAAUAGUAUGUUUCAAUCCUCACUGUUCCCUCCAUGGUCAGCUGAUGUACCAACAUGGUCUCUGUCUCAAAGUAAGGAUCAGAAUGCAACAGUCACAACUGACCACUGUGGUUAAAAAGACACUGUGUGAUCACUCCCCCUGCGCAUCACUUGAAGACAAGUAAAAAGAAGUCAAAGACUACGUUUUUAACAUGGUACCGGAUGAAUUUCAUUUGGCUAAAAAAAUUGAAUCAGACACUUCAUUUACCAUAACCAUUCAAAUUAUAUUUUCACUGAUGAACCGGGUUACUAUGUAUCCAUGCCUUGGCAGUACAAAAAUUUAUGUACAAUUAUGGUGUUCACACCCUACUGGCUAAAAAUUUGGCUUAGAUUUUGGUGCUAAGCAUGGUUCCAUACGUAGAUGGAACACCCAAACGCACAAAUUUUUUCAGGUGCAGUGUGAGAUCAUGAAUGUAGCCGAAAUGUAAUGAUCAGUCUGUUAUUAUCUCUUUGUUGAUGUGUCUAAAUUCUGCAAGACAUCUGACUGCAGUGAUAAUUUUUGUAUUCUUUAGGAGGAGCAGUGGGAGCCAGCAGUAUUCUUCUUAUAAGGCCUACCACUUGUAAUGAACAGCUUCCCAAAGGAGUGGUAAUAGCAGUACUGGUGAACCUACAAGAGGUGAAUCUACAGAAGACAGCAAUAGAUAUAGCAGCCUGCUUUGAAAAAACUCAACUUUAAUAUACCUACCGACUCUCACGGAUUAUGCGUGAAUCUCUCGCCUGCGGGCAAAACACAUCGAUCUUAUGGAUCAAGGACAAUUUCUCACACCCGACUCACAAAUGUGGAUCAAUUUAUUGUUCUUCAAUGAAAUAAUGACAAUAUCACAACAGGCUAAAAUUGUUGCCUUUUAAAUGGCUUUGGAAGAGCUCAAAGGUCAUGAGAACAUUUCCUGCAUCAUUUG